ACAAGAAAGGCAAACGAAACAGUAGGAGCGCCGGUGUAUAUAUAGAGCGCCGCGAAAGCAUCGCCCUCACAGCCUCGGCAGACACUCGAACUGCGGCGGAACAAAGCUGACGCAAUGGCGGCCUUGCUCUGCAUCAGCACCCCCGCCGCCGCCGCCCUUCCCCACCUCCCGCGCGGACGCGCACCCCCGUGCGACGUCGCGCUCGCCGCUCCGGUGCCUGCCCGUCUCUCCCUCCGCCGCCGCGGCCUCCCAACUACAGGGCUGCGCUGCUCCGGCACGGAGGUGGGGGUUACGGAUGCAAUAAGGAUGGCCGCGGCCACGCCGUUCGGGCACAACCUGGUGGCGGUGGACAUCGUCGGUGACGAGGUGGCUGCCGACAAGCUCCAGUUGGGCUUCAAGGAGAUGGCCACAUAUGUCAUAUAUGGCACCGGUGCUUUCUUUGCCGGAUGGGUUUUGUCCGCUGUUGUUUCAGCAAUUGACUCCAUCCCCUUGCUCCCAAGAAUACUGGAGAUGGUGGGCCUCGGAUACACGGUUUGGUUCAGCUCACGGUAUCUUCUUUUCAAGGAAAACAGAGAGGAAUUGUUUGCCAAAACUUAUGAUCUCAAAAUGAGAAUUGUUGGAUCCGGCGAUGCAUGAUGUGUUCACAUAUGGUUGGGCAGCUGAGUGUAAUAACUUCUCUCUCGUUUUGGGAGAAAUACUAAGUUGUGUGUUUCAACCAUAUGUUACUGAGUUUGUGAUGUAGUGUUCGUUAUGUUUGAACUAUUCGGCGAAAAAUGUAUGCCGUGCUUUCUAGAGAAAAAUGUGGUGUAUGUGAUAACUGGAAUAAGCAAGUAAGACCCAUGUAGGACAUGGAGGCUAGGCCAAAUAAUCCCAACAUUGCCCCUUUUAUGCAGAGCAAACAUGAAACUUAUGGGAGGUUGGUAUGA